UCACUUCCGUCUUUUCCUCCUCGCCAUUUUGGAUUGACUUGGCUCGGGUUAGUUGGGAACGUUCAAGAGAAGUGCUGAUGAUUGUCGGAUUUAAUUGUAACAGUCCAAUUGGCCAUGUAUGUUGUAAAAUAUGCACUAGAAAUCCACCCAACAUACUGUGGCUAUUAGCUAGCAAUUCAUUUAACGUAUAUUGCAGAUGGCAGAGAUUUUUCUAACUAGCUAAACCGCACCACCGGCUUGGCGAGGACGAACAACAACCGCAUCAUUGAGUUGGAUUCAUUUGUUAGCCAACGAGCUACCGUUUCUUGUUAGCUAGCAUUUAUCUCAGCAAACAUUUGGGCAGCCAGUUUUUGUGUGGUUGGGUUCGGAGACAUACCAGUCUGGAAAGAUGUAUCAGCUCCCUGUGAACAACCUCACUAGGAUACGAAGAGCAAGAAAACAGGUGAAGGCGGCACUUUGUGACAUUGGGCUGGAGUACUGUAAGGAGCAAGCGGAGGACCUCAAAGAAUUUUGCCCAGAUGAGAACUAUGUGAAGAAUACUCUCUGUCUGGAACUUUGUUCAUGGGAUCCGACAUUCUCAAAAACACAGGAGUACCGGUCAAAGCCUUUCUGCUGCACAGAGUGCAACUUCUCUUCCAAGUACUACUCGGGCUACAAAAACCACUUCCGAAAUGUCCACAGGCACAACUUUGAGAACCGCAUCCUGCUCAACUGCCCUUACUGCACCUUCACUGCGAGCAAGAAGACAAUGGAAACGCAUGUCAAGGUCUUCCACAUAUCUAGUGUGGCACGUCAGGGUCUAGGGGGCUACCAGGGGGCUGCUGUGGGGGCAAAUAACAAGGUGGAGAAGGCAAUGUACUAUUGCAAGAAGUGUAACUUCCGGGACCCUCUGUACAAUGUUGUGCGAAGGCACAUCUACAGGGAGCACUUCCAGCAUGUGGUCUCGCCCUAUGUUGCCAUGGUCUCAGAAACAUCAGUCAAAAAUGGAGCCAAUGCUGUCAACGGCAACAACAUCCUCUGUAAGCGCUGUCAGUUCUCCACCCGUAGUUAUGAGGCGCUAGUGCAGCAUGUCAUUGAAUAUCAUGAGCGCAUUGGCUCUCAGGUGACAACCAUGAUUGGACAUGCUAAUGUUGUGGUGUCCAGACCGCAAAGCUAUGCGAUGGCCCAGAAGGGUUCUGUGAUGACUGGGGGUCGUACCCUGACGUCUGAACAGGUUAGCCAUAUGGUAGGGGUCCAUCUAAAGCAGGGACCUACUGGACUAAAGAAUGUGACAUGUCAGUCCUCUAUUGCUGGCCAGCGUUUGACCAUUCCUGGCAAUGGUGGUUUGGGAGAAGGUGCUAAUGCUAGUCUUACAUCCCAAACACAGAAGUGGAAAAUGUGCACGGUCUGCAAUGAGCUCUUCCCUGAAAACCUGUACAGUGCUCAUUUUGAGAAGGCACACAGGGCUAAGAAGGUAUGGGCAAUUGCCAAGUAUAUCAUGAAGAUUCACAACUUCACCAGUAAGUGUUUGCUUUGCAACCGAUAUCUGCCCAGUGACACAUUGCUUAACCACAUGCUGAUUCAUGGGCUCACCUGCCCACAGUGUCAUGCCAGCUUCAAUAAUGUGGAGAAAAUGCUAGAUCAUGUGGGGCAGGCUCAUCCAGAUGACUUUGUUGGUCCUCCAGCCGCCUCCCCGCUUACUUUCGACCUCACGAUUGGGCAGGCUAAGAACAAAAUCAUACAGCUUAUUGUUAUAACCUAUAACAUGAAGGAACCUGUAGCUGCUCAGGAGCAGUCUAUGGCUUCCCAUGCCCAGAACAGCUUCCACACUCCAGUGAAGAGUAUGCCUUCAAAGAUGCCAGUGAAUAAGAAAGACCUGCUUGCCAGAAGUCAAGCCACUGUAUCUGGCAGCAAUGAGGUUGGCAAGACCUUAUGUCCACUAUGUUUUACCAUCCUCAAGGGUCCUAUAUCUGAUGCCUUGUCACAGCAUCUGAGAGAACGACACCAAGUGCUUCAGACAAUGCACCCUGUGGAGAAGAAGAUGACAUACAAGUGCAUCCACUGUUUGGGCGUCUAUACUAGCAACAUGGUGGCCUCCACGAUCACUCUGCACCUUGUGCAGUGUCGAGCUGUGGGAAGGGCCCAGAAGGGCCUGGGACCAAAGUCUGCCUUGACACUCAACUCCUCUGGUGCAGGGUUCUUAAAGCGUCAGCUACCCUCCCAACCCAUGUCUGGCUCCAAGAGGAUGAAGAUAAAAAAUGAUGUUGUAUAUUCCCCCAUGAAUAUGGACAAGCCAGGGGAGGCUGUGGAUCUAGUGUUGGACCCUAGGAACUAUGAGCACAAGACUUAUGAAGCACGCAAAGCCUUCCUCACGACCUAUUUCAAUCGUUGCCCCUAUUUAACUUCACAGGAAGAAGAGAAGCUGUCUGCAAGCCUGUGGCUCUGGAAGUCUGACAUUGCCAGUCACUUCGCUAAUCGACGGAGGUCAUGUGAGGGAGACUGUGAGACCAGGAAAUUGAAAGUGCUACUUGGCUUUGACAUGCAGGCACUCAAGGGACUGAAGCAUGACAUGGACUUUGAGGAGAAAACCAAGCUCCCCAUCACGUCAGUGGAGAAGGCCUUUAAGUCUAGGCCGGCACUUAACACAGACCAAAGAAAGCAAUGCGAGACCAUUAACUGUACCCUCAAGCUAAGUACUUACACAGAACCCAUAUCUAUUGACUCGUCUGAUAGUGAGUCGGAACCAGAGGACUGUUCCAUUGAGAAUGGGCAAGUUGACACACCAAAAUCUGUGGAUGUCACGUCUUAAGGAAAAUCAAACCUGCCAGAAGAGAACUCUCCAAGCAUUGAGGGGCCUAAAAUAGAGAUGGGCCCUUAUCAAGAUGGUUGAUCAAAAACCUGAAUCGCCUUCUGUUAGUUUACUACAGACUCUAGGCCUAAAUAAGGUGCCUUGGGUUGGUAAGAUGAUGCAUCAAAAUGAGAGCAGCCUAAAAGACCUGCGGUACAGGGGAAGCAUGAGGGUUUGGUGCAGGUAAUCCUUACACUGCAGUUCUUCAGUUAUAGGAAAGUCGGGGAAGGUAGGGGAGACUGACAGGACAAAUUAAGACUUCAUAAAGUCAGUGGGAUGCUCAGUUUAAGUAAAGAAUAAUUACUCAUUCAUAAAUUAGGAACUACACAAGUAUAGAAAAUAGCUGUUAAAACGUCUGGCUCCAGAUAAAGGUAUGCUGAAAUGGUGCAAAAGAAGAUGUAUGGUGUCUGUAGCUAAUAUUGGUGGGAACAUUGUACAUAUUUAGUAGGCCUACAUUAGAUUAUGCAUACAUUUAGACUGUCAGUUUUAAGUAAAAUUCAAAAACUUUCACUUCUUAUAGGCAUAUGGAUUGUCCUCCCAUAUGAUGUAUUAUUGUCAUUUCAAUUUUAGAGAUAGCAGGGUAACAUGUAUACAUACCUAUGUUCACUUUUGUUUAAACAAAGAAAUUGGUUUAAUAAAGCUUUUUCAAAGAACCUUCA